AACACCACAGCAGCAAAGGGACCGCGGUAACAACGUGGGAUUAAUCAUUAAUCAACCACGCAGGUAAUCUGACGGGGGGUAAUAAAGCAGGGGGAUUAGUGCGGGGCCGUUUGAAGCCGGGUAUAAAAACUGCGAGGCUACCAAAGGCCACCUCGCGAAAAAACUACCUGGGCCGCCACCGCCACAGCCUCUGCUCGCUCCCGCCUCCCGACCCGAGCUGGGCGCGCAACGGAACUAGCCGUCGUCGCGGCGCGCGCGCCAUGGCGCCGUUCCAGAUGCGGUUCGGGCUACAGAUCUCUCCCGCGCGCUCCGACGAGGAGGAGGAAGAGGACGAGGAAGAGGAGGACGAAGAGCUCGAGGAGGAGGAGGAGUAUGACGAGAUGGAGAGCGAGGGGACGGCCUCGCCGCCGAUGAUGCUCCGGGCAGGGAGGGGAGGAGGAGGAGGAGGAGGAGGAGGGGGAGGGGGAGGGCUGGUGGGCGCCGUCGUGGGGGCGCUGCGGAGGUCGCUGGUGAUGUGCAGCGCCGGCGCCGUGGGUGUCGACGACGACGACGACGACGACGACGAGGACAGCGAGGGCGAGGGGAUCGAGAUUGGGCGGCCCACGGACGUGCGGCACGUCUCGCACGUCACCUUCGACCGUUUCGGCGGCUUCCUCGGCCUCCCCGCUGACCUCGAGCCAGACGUGCCCCGGCGCACGCCCAGUGCCAGGCAAAAUUCUACAUGCAGUGUAAGUGUAUUUGGCGUUUCACCCACCUCUCUGCAAUGUUCAUAUGAUCAAAGAGGAAACAGUGUGCCCACAAUAUUGCUAAUGAUGCAGAGGAAGUUAUAUGCGCAUGAAGGACUUAAGAUUGAAGGGAUAUUUAGGAUUAAUGCAGAAAAUAGCCAGGAAGUCUAUGUCAGGGACCAAUUAAACAGUGGAAUGGUACCAGAUGAAGUUGACUUGCACUGCCUUGCUGGGUUGAUAAAGGCAUGGUUUCGGGAGCUUCCUUCAGGUGUAUUGGAUGCACUAACACCAGAACAAGUAAUGCACUGCAACACGGAAGAGGAGUGCGCUCUCCUUGCUUCUAUGCUACCACCAGUUGAAGCAACACUACUUGAUUGGGCCAUUAAUCUGAUGGCUGAUGUUGUAGAGCAAGAAAACUACAACAAGAUGAAUGCCCGGAACAUCGCGAUGGUUUUUGCUCCCAAUAUGACUCAGAUGGCCGAUCCAUUAACUGCCCUGAUACAUGCAGUUCAGGUGAUGAAUUUCCUCAAGACUUUAAUCAUGAAGACUUUAAAGGAACGAAAGGAGAAAAAUGGAGCACUCCAAGCAUCACAAUCAUGCUCUGGUUCUCCAAAUGACCAAGAUGAACAUCAGAUGCCAGAGCAUUUGGAGAAACCUUUAGUUCUGUCAAGUCAAAAAGACUUUGAUUUUCCCAUGAUUGAUAGGGACACUCCUGUUCAAGUCCUUGGAGCUGAGAAAGCUCUCCAUCAUGACUCACAAAUCCAUUCUGAUGAGACAAAAAAGUUUGGAAUUGGUAUGGACCACAAGAAAAGCCAGAGUGACGUUUCUUCUCUUGGCAGUGAUUCGAACAAUCGAUUCAACAGUUCAGGAAGAGAAUUUGGUAGCAGAAAUGGCGAAGGCUUGUUUGACAGAUUUAGUUUUAGGAAAGGGGUUGAGAGGCUUUGCAGGCAUCCCGUGUUUCAGUUGAGUAGGUCCAUGAAGAAGUCUGCAGAUGUCGUGGUCUUCGAUGCCCCCAGAGAAGCAAGACAAGCUUGGGUAUGAUACAAUAAUGACAGUGUAUGUACUAUGUAGUUGGUAAUUCCAUUGUUUCCGCCUCUGUGUCUAGCUGAUAAGCCAUUCCCCUAGUCUGUAUGAGUAGCACCGGUUAGCCUGUUAGGUAUUACAAAAUCGAGGUCGUCUGGUUGUAUAUUAUCGCUGUUUGCUUCUGACGAAAGUGUCUGGAGAAGUAGCAUGUGGCUUCUACGGAACGAACGAAAGCCACAGUGAACUCAGGCUUCGUGGCUCUGUGCUGCAUACCUCAAACGUUAGUGAUCUCUUGAUGAUCUAUUAUAAUCUUGCUGAUAUUCUGUAACCUUAUCAGCCUGUACAACAACUAUCAGUAAAUUGUUGUAUAAAUGCGUCUCUUUUUUUGAGUA